AUGGAUGAUAGUGAGUUAGGCUAUGUUGGAUUUGAUCCUUAUGAGUUUGCUAAUGUGAUUGGGGAUGGAGUUCAACCCUUGUAUCCUGGUUGCAGGGUGAGUUAUGAGAAAAUCCACGCAUGUCCCAAUAACUGCAUCUUGUAUAGGAAUGAUUAUGAAGAUUCAACUCAUUGUCCUACUUGUGGCAGGCAAAGAUUCAAUCUUGAAAGAGGGCGUGGUAGCGAAGGUGGUGUGGUUUUUUCCUCCAAUUCCAAGGGCAUAGAAAAUGGUUACCAAUCAAUCAUCCAUAUCGGAGGCAACGUGCAGCUUUUAAUGGGAAACCUGAAUAUGGCACGCCUCCACCGGAGAAGAAGUGCUGCAUAUGGUUGA